UGCGCAGAGGCUGCAGAGUAAUUUGUUGAUAUCCUGCUUGGUAGUAUUUAGACUAAAAUUCAAAGCUAGGUUAUACCCCAGGUGAGGGGAUUUGUUUGAAUUAGGAAGUGCAGGUAACUGGAAGAGCAUCUAUAUGAAGGGCUGAUGGAAAACGCAAGGGAUUUGGCUGAGCGUACCCCACGUUCAGAUCGUAAGCGACGAGACUCAUUCGGGAUGUUUGAUGGCUAUGACAGCUGCAGCGAGGAGUCCACCAGCAGCUCUAGCUCAGACGACAGUGAGGAUGAGGUGGUACCCUCUAUCCCUGCUAGUCUGCCCAUCAUCAAGAACAAUGGACAAGUCUACACCUACCCUGAUGGAAAGGCUGGAAUGGCCACCUGUGAGAUGUGUGGGAUGGUCGGUGUACGAGAUGCUUUUUACUCCAAAACCAAGCGUUUCUGCAGUGUGUCCUGUUCUAGGAGUUAUUCCUCAAAUUCUAAAAAAGCUAGCAUCUUGGCAAGACUCCAGGGCAAACCACCAACAAAAAAGGCUAAAGUCUUACAGAAACAGCCUCUCAUGGCAAAGUUGGCAGCUUAUGCCCAGUACCAAGCAAGUCAACAGAACCAGGCCAAACUGAAAGCGGUGGUCGCUGGAGAGAGUUUUGACUGGGGGCAGUAUAUCUGUAGCAGUAACACGGUGGGGGCUCCUGUCAGCUGUUUCAAGCAUGCCCCCAUGGGAACAUGUUGGGGAGAUAUUGAAGUAGGUGUGAGGAUUGAAGUGCCCAACUCUGAUACCAACUUCUCCACCAAGGUGUACUGGAUAGCAGAAAUCAUAAAGCUAGCAGGGUUCAAGGCUCUCCUGCGUUAUGAGGGCUUUGACAGUGACACAAGUAAAGACUUCUGGUGUAACCUCUGCAUACCUGAAGUUCGCCCUGUGGGAUGGUGUGCUUCAAGUGGCAAACCCCUCGUACCUCCAAAAAGCAUACAACAUAAGUACUCUAACUGGAAAACGUUUCUUGUGAAGCGCCUCACUGGAGCUAAAACACUGCCACCUAACUUUAAUGAUAUGGUACAGCAAAACAUGCAAUUUCCCUUUAAGAAGCUAAUGCGAGUUGAGGUGGUUGAUAAGAACUAUCUCAGCCGGACACGGGUGGCGCUGGUAGAGCAAGUGAUUGGAGGUCGCCUGAGGUUGGUCUAUGAGGAGAGCCAGGGUGGAGCUGAUGACUUCUGGUGCCACAUGUAUAGCCCUCUUAUCCAUAAUAUAGGCUGGUCAAGAAGCAUUGGACACCGCUUCAAACGAUCUGAUAUAACAAGGAAAUUAGAUGGUCAAGUCGAUGCUCCUCCACAGCUCUUCCAGAAGACGAAGGAAGUGGACCAGAGUGGGGACUGGUUCAAAGAUGGGAUGAAGUUAGAAGCCAUUGACCCCCUCAAUCUCUCAGCUAUAUGUGUAGCUACUGUAAGAAAGGUGUUGGCAGAUGGAUAUCUCAUGAUUGGGGUAGAUGGCUCAGAGGCAGUCGAUGGAUCAGACUGGUUCUGCUACCAUGGCACCUCCCCUUCCAUCUUCCCUGUUGGCUUCUGUGAAAUCAAUAACAUUGAACUCACACCCCCUAGAGGGUACACUAAACUCCCAUUCAAAUGGUUUGACUACCUCAGAGAAACAGGUUCAGUAGCUGCUCCUGUCAGGCUCUUUAACAAGGAGGUUCCCAAUCAUGGGUUUCGGCUAGGCAUGAAGCUGGAAGCUGUUGAUCUGAUGGAACCAAGGCUGGUGUGUGUCGCCACGGUGACAAGGAUUGUGCACCGCCUACUGAGGAUCCACUUUGAUGGUUGGGAAGACGAGUAUGAUCAGUGGGUGGACUGCGAGUCGCCUGACCUCUAUCCAGUGGGCUGGUGUCAGCUAACAGGCUACCAGCUCCAACCGCCUGCCUCACAGAGUAACAGAGAAAUGUCCCAGUCUGUUCCCAAGCAGAAGAAAAAGGCCCAGCAGUAUAAAGGCCAAAAGAAAAAGAGGAAGAUUCCUGUUGGUCGACGGCCCUUCAGUCAGGCAGGCAGGAGGAGGAGCAGCUUCUCAGGGGACGAAGAGCAGAGUCCACCCCCUUACCCUGCCCAGGGGCCAGCUCGGCCCAGACCCCGCACCCAUUUCCACCUAACCCACAAAUCAGAGUCUCUCCUGCGAAUGAAAGAGGAGACCGCUGAAGUGGAUGAAUUCACCUUCUCGCAGGGCACCUCAGACCAAGAGAGCAAUGGCUCGGGCAGUUACUACAUUAGACAGGAACCCUGAUGUGACAAAAUCGAGGAGGAGGAAACCACAAAAGGACAUCUCUGGAAACACCAAACCAACAAUCAGGAAUGGGGAGAGUCAAACUCACCUGAGAGGAUACUUGAAGAGUGAUGCCACAGGCCACCUGUAAUGUCAGCACAUGAGGAAUAACAUUCCUCAACAUCACUUAAAACGAUUUUCUAACCUUGUAGGGGUGUGUCCACAUAAUCACUCAGAAAAUCCUGUCUAAUCAUAGAAAGCACCCAGAGUCAGGCCUGGGUCAUAGAUGUUUGGGCAUUCUCUUUCUACGACCUGCAGCUUUUUCUCCCUUUCUUUGGCUAUCUGAACCAGAUGAGCUAUUUGGAUGAUUUUAUGUCUUGCAAGCCCAUCCAGCCUCAGCCAUAAUGUGGGCCACAUACAGAGACCUGGAGAAACUGUGACAACAAUUUAUUGAGCCAGGUCUUUAGGUUUUCUUGCGUUUGUUGUAUGGGAAGGGGGGGGG